AUGGAUCCCGACACUCAGGUAUCAGUCAAUUCAGAACCUCAGAUAUCUUCCAAGAAUCAAGCUUUCUACACAAGAUCGAAAUUGGAUCAAUCCCGCCGAGAAGCAUUUUCCAACCGUGUCCCAACCGCACUAGUCAAAAGGGAAUUCGAAGAUGCACGUGGUUGGUUAGGAACUUCUACAACAAGGUUCUACAAUGAGGCGAAAUCCCAUACCAUCAAUACAGAGAUCGGCAAACAGAAACCAUCUCAUGGUUUCAGCUAUUCAAAAGGUCUCAAAAUGGAACAGCGAGCUUUGUUAAAAGUCAGAACCACCAUUUAUGGAAAUGCAAAGUCCACGUUAUACCAGAUCCAACCGCAGGCUUCUGGUUGCUCUGACCAAGAAGCCAAGACACAAACAAUCGUAGACGAAUUCGAUAAGCAGAAAAUCGUCCUGGACGACUUCGACACAAUCUCUGGGCUGGGGACGAAACCUUUCGACUACUCUACGGUCAAGGACUGGAUGAAAGGCAAGGUUUUUGAAGACAGUUAUUCCCCAUUUUACAAGAAUGGUAAAUUGAUGCAAUAUGACACAACGCUGUCAUAUCAGGACAUUCCCGUUACCUUGACUUGUAGCAAAAAUCCGCUUCUGAAAUUGGAAACUGUUGGUGAUGUGUUCUACAAUUUUGGUAGCGAGUAUGAACAGUCUCGUGCCCAAUACCUUCUUUACUCAUACACCGACGGGGAUCCAAAUGCUUUACAGAUUCCUCCCGAAGAUUCUAAGAUUCACACCCUUACUCAAGCCAUUAGAUCAAGAUUCGGCCACACUUCCCAUGGUUCUGGUCACAGUUCCCAAGGCACCUCACAGAGUUGA